ACGCCGCCCCAGCCGGGGAACGCCAUGCCGAACAUGCAGGCCCCGGCCACAGCUUCGCCCCCGCUCAGCCGCUGGGACUAUCAGAAAGCCGCCCCCAAGUUGCAAGAACUCGGGCAGUUUAACGCCUACAGCCGGGACCUUGUGGGCUAUCUUUCUAAUUUGCGAAAAUACGGGAUCGAGGAAAGCUUAGGCCUUCCACAAAUCAAGCAAGCAAUUUCGUUGCAGGCAGUGCAUACGCAUCUGGC